GAUAAGAUAACAAGAGCAUCAUUUGUCGAUGUUGUUCUAAGAAACACUAGCAAAGGUAGUUUAUGAUUAAAGAAAAUAAAAUGGAUAUUUUAUUAAAGUCUCGCAUAGUUUUCAUUAAUUCAUGCAUAUAGAAAUUGUGAUACAAUAGAUGGCUUUUAAUUUUAAAAUGAUUGCACCGUUUGCAAAGGUUAAAAUGGAUCUUGAUCUCCAGUACGAAAGUAGACACAUAUCAGACCACUCAAGAAAACGUAAAAGUCUAAAAGCUCAUUAAUUAUCGAACGAAAAAAAAACAAUUUCAUUGGCUCAAAUUAAAAUCGUACCAUUACAAGUAAUGAAUGGAGAUUGUGAACAGGGACUUUAGAAGUUGAUGCCAUAUAUUACCAAGCGAGCAAUUCACUAUGAUUAGAUAUUUGUUGGUGGUAGCAUCUUUUUUGGUCUGUUGCGCUGCAAAGAAUAUGUUUAUAUGGCAAGGAACUCGCUGGUGUGGCUAUGGCUCUGCUCCAUCACAAGACGGUGGAGAAUCUAACUUUACUAUCACGAAGCAUGUAGAUAACUGCUGCAAAGAACACGACCAGUGUCCAUAUAGCAUUCCUCGUUGGAAAAGACGAUACAAUUUACUAAAUUGGCGCCCUUUUACGAUAAGUUUUUGCGGGUGCGACCGAUCGUUUUUGAAAUGUUUAAGUAAUGAUACCUCUAUAGUGUCGCAAGACAUCAAACGCAUAUACUUCGAUAUUUUAGAAGUAGCAUGUUUUGAUUUUGAACUGAGAGAUGUGAAAGUCUGUGUUAAACGGACGUGGUAUUUAUCAUGUGAGAAAUACGCUAUGAGGACGCAGAAGGUUGCUGUUAUUAGUAAAUUAUGAUGUUUUAAAAUGUUUUAAAAUACUAGGGCGGUUUUUUAAAAUUUGUGCUUAUAAAUGUUUUAUUAAAAGUUAACUAGAUAGAAAUUUUACAUAGGAUGAAAAAAAAGUCCUAGGGACGAGGUUUAUUGGAAGUAGGGAAAUGCACCAACCAGAAAGAUUUUGAAAGCUUUAUUUUAACUGCGUGUCGUCUUUCCGUUGCUACUAUGUGAAAGAAGAAACUUCUACACAAAAUGGACGAAUUUAUCAAAAAUUGAUAUGCAAAUCUACCAAAAUUUGCCUUGUUUGUGGGUAGCUAAAAUUUUGUCCGCCGCAAAUAUGUCCCGCCACAAGUUUUGUCUCUUGUCUGAAGUGUCAUUUUUGUUCAUAUGUUUUAUAUUUAUUUACACAUUAUUUUAUUUAGUAUUUAUUAAUUUAACUGUACUAAAGUUUAUUCGAUUUUAAAUUAAACAAGAAAGAUAUUCGCCUUGAAUCAUCUUCUGAGACUUCUAACAAU